AUGAAGAAGGGUGGUGAUAUCGAGGUUCCAAAAGAUAAGAGACCGCGGGUGUCUGCCGUGCACUCGACGACGACGACGACAACCGACAGUAUACGAAAACAACGAAAAAGAGUGCUGGACAGCCUUUCGUCACCGCAGAUUCUAUCUUACUUUCUUCUUCAUGAAUGUGAAAAAGGGGAUGCAAGCGAAUGGAAGCCGUUUCUGGAUGUGCUGCCGCCGCUGGAUGAGUUUGGGCUCGCGCCGAUGGUGUGGCAGGUGCUGGACUACAAGAGUCGAAGGCGGUUUGUGGAGUUACUCCCGCGAGCGACUAUUGAGCACGCGAAGCGGAUGAGUGCGCAGGUCAUAGGCGAUCUAGCGGCCGUGAAGCGAGUGUUUGUGAUGAAGAACAGCGAGGAGGAGGAGGAGGAGGAGGAGAUGGCGAAGUUUGUGUGGGCGUGGAUGUGCGUGAACUCGCGGUGUCUGUUUUACAAAAUGGCCGAGGCGCGAACGACGAACGACUGCAUGACGCUGGCGCCGCUGAUUGAUUUCGUGAACCACAGCGAGGAGGAGGAGAAUUGCGCGAUCGGGGUGUACGCGGACGCGAAGGCAAGCGUGCGGAAGCGGUUCGGGCUGUGGGCGAAGAGGAGGUAUGAGGCGGGAGAGGAGAUCUUUUUAUGCUACGGGCCGCAUUCGAAUGGAUUUCUGCUGUGUGAGUAUGGGUUUAUGCUGGAGAGGAACCGGAAUUCGGAGCUGGAUGUGACGGAGGAGGUGUUUGCGGAGCUGCAUGGGGGAGAAGAAACCUGCAAUGACGGAGGGAGGAUGUGUGGACGGUGCGAGUUUCUGAAGAAGCACAAUUACCUCGGGGAGUAUACGGUGUCAGGAGAGGACGGCGAGUCAUUCCGGACGCUGGUGGCGCUGGCGUCGGGGCAGUUACCGAACUCGACGUUCGAAGGAGAAGACGAAGACGAAGAGAGCAGAUUAGGAAGGGCUAAUCUGGAGGGGUUUAUGGCUACGGGGCCGAGCGAGUCGCGGUUUAGGAAAGGGUCGAGGGCGAUGCUGGAGAGGGUGUUGAGGAGGGUUGUGGAGGGGGCGGGGGGUUGUGGGGAGGGGUUUGGAGAUGGGGAGGCGAGUGGGCAGAUCCGCACGUUGUCACCGCUUCUCUUCCUCGAUACUGAAGAAUAUCUCCUCAAACAACAUCUACACAUGGAGACAAUAGAGAUUGAGCACGUCGAGGCCGCCUCCCCCAAACAAAACGACUUCGAGCACGUCGAGUCCGUCGACAUCGACCUCGGGCGCCUUCCCGACCCCGACUCCGACUCUGAUACCUUCCGCUCGUCCUCGAUCCGCUCGCUCUUCCGUCGCUCGGCCUCCUCCCUCUUCAGGGCCGGACUCGCCCUCCUCCUCCCUAUCCUCCUCCUCCUCCUCCUCUGCCGCCGCCCCCCGCCUCUCCCUCCUCGACAUCAUCCCGAACGACUUCUCGGACCUCUACCCCCCGAGCUCUUCUCCCUCUUCCCGCCCGAGCCUCCUCUCUACCUCUCCUCUUCCUCCCUCCCCGACUGCGGCCUCCUCCUCUCCUCCUUCGGCCUCGCGGACCUCUACCUCCGACGCCCGUCCUUCACCUACCGCCCCCUCGUCGACUGGGAACGCAACGAUCUCCGCUCGCUCUGCUUCCUCCCGGCUCUUUCUCCCGACAUCCUCCCUCAAUGGUACACCCCGGACGACGACCUCUCCCUCACUCCCCCUCCCCUCCGCGAGGACGCAUUCCACAUCACUGUCCUCCCUCUAACCGCAGACGACGAGACCAUCGUCGACAAACUCGCCUCCUCUGACCUGUACCUCGAAUUCGACUUCUCGCCCACCCACCGCCGCCGUCUCGCGCGGGAGACUAUCGACCUCUGUCUUCCUCAUCGGACUGAAGUCUUGUCAAAGCCUGAAUGGCGCAGGGUUAUUGAUAAUUAUCUACUUGCUCUGGGGUGUGAAGCCCAGUGUCGAGUUGAUUUUCAGCGAGCGAUAAUCCACCGCGCGGUCCGCAAACACGAGCAGCAACUUGCUCGCGGCAGGAGUAAUCUCCUCAAACGCGCCCUCGUCACGCGAGCUGCGGCAACCACCUCCGGCCUUUCUCCCCCUUCACCCACUUUUCUCUUUCACUUUGACUCCCCUCCUCCUUCUCCUCCCCAACCCGACUCGCAGCAAUCCUUCAUCUCCCGCACCACCAAAGACUUUUUCCAAACCCUCACAAACUCUCCUUCUUCUUCCUCAUCACCACCCCCGACAAUGAGCCCACCAACCCACCAAAUCCCCAUCCAAUUCCGCCCCACCAUCCCCGCCUCGUCCACGAUCCCACUCCCGAUCUCGGUCCCGAAAUCAGAGCAGAAAGUGAUCUGGCGCGAGGUCCAGGUGCAUUUGUAUUCGAAGCUUGGGUUGGAUUGGGAUCCGACCGAGUUGGCUUUUGAUGAGUAGAUUAUGAGUGGUAAUUAUGAUGAUGAUGAUGAUGAGUACGGAUUGGUUAUUCUAUGUAUUUUCUUACGUUUUUGGUUAUUUGUAAUGCUUCUUGUAUCUGAUUCUAAGGCGUUGGAAGUUUGGAUAUCUCUUAUAAAACUGCAACUAAACACCCACAAUAAACAAUAGUCAACUACUUAACUAAACACAAUUCUUUGUACUUAACAAUAAGAUCUCAUCAAAUAGCCUUUACCCGUG